AUGGAGCAGGACACCGAGUACAUGAGUACGAGACAGAGCAUGACAGUCCCCAGUGAACGUCAAACUGGACAGGAAAAAGCUGGAGGAAGAAGCUCAAUAACUUCAACAUAUCUUGGCAUCGCCUGCCUCAUUGUCUUAAUCAUCAGUUUGGCUAUUGCGAUAGGGCUGAGAGUCCAAGUCCUACAGAUGGACAAGGACAUGACGGGGCUGAACGGAAAGAUCCGGAAUAUGUCCGAGACCCUUGAACAGAUGCUCAGGGACCGAAGAUCCUUCUGCACCGUCCUCCGAAACUUCUCGGAGUCUCUCUGUCCGAGGGGCUGGGAAGUUCAUAAUCAACAUUGUUAUAGAUUCUCAACGGAUACUGUAAACUGGGACUCGGCAAAACAACAAUGUGAAUCCGAAAAUUCACACCUCAUCAUCAUAAAUACAGAACAGGAACAGAAUUUCAUAAAGAAAUCUCUCGAGAACAAUCCUGGGACUUACUGGAUCGGACUAACAGAUCGAGAGAGUGAAGGAAACUGGAAAUGGGUGGAUGGGACCACAAUGAGUUUUACUCAGUGGGAUCACGGUGAGCCGAAUAAUUGGAACAAUAAUGAAAACUGCGCCAUUAUCAGAACCAGCGAAUGGAAUGAUUACAGUUGUACCGAUCAGUUCCAUUUCAUCUGUGAGAAAAGUGCACUGCCCUGCGUCGAGCCAGCUGAUAUUGAGAAAUAUUGUUCCUGA